CAUCACAAUGGAAUUGGAAACAGAGAAGCUGCACAUCUUCUUCCUCCCCUUUCUUGCACCCGGCCACAUGAUCCCCAUGAUCGACAUGGCUCGCUUAUUCUCAGCUCGCGGUGUUCAAACCACCAUCGUCACCACCACCGCCAACGCCUCCCUCAUUACCCCCACCCUCCACACCGCCAACUCCGUCACUACCACCCCUAUCAAUCUCCUCCUCCUUCCCUUCCCCUCCGUCGAAGUUGAGCUCCCCUCCGGCCAAGAAAACCUUCUCCACUUCCCCACCCCUGACGUCCCGGACCCCUUCCUCACCGCCAUAAACCUCCUAGAAACCCCCUUCAAGCUCCUCCUCCACCAACACCACCCCGACUGCAUCAUCUCCGAUGUCUUCUUCACUUGGUCUGCAUCUCUUGGCGUCCCACGAAUAGCCUUCCAUGGCUCUAGCUUCUUCACCAACGUCAUCUCCGGUGUUGUCUCCCGUCUCAAGCUCCAUGACUUCAUCUCCGGCGACCAAGAACCCUUUCUUGUCCCUGGUCUCCCUCAUCAAAUAACCCUAACCAAGUCACAGCUCCCUGACAUGCUCUUAAAUGAAAAUCAUGAACUUAGAGUCCAAAUGGGAGAAUCAGUUCGCCGGAGCUUCGGCUUCAUCGGCAACAGCUUCUAUCACUUAGAGCAUGAUUAUGUUGAUCGCCUCAAAUCUUUUGGCAUGAAGCUCUGGAAUGUCGGUCCGGUUUCCCUCUGCAACAAGGAUGAGCUCGACAUGACGGCAAGAGGCGGCAGUGGAUUAAUGUCGAAAAAUUCAGUUCAAGUCAAUGAGUGUGCUGUUUGGCUUGCUAAGAAACGCCGGAACUCAGUUUUAUAUGUGAGUUUUGGUAGUUUAACCCGGUUUACUAAAGCACAACUGAAGGAGAUCGCUGCCGGGCUUGAAAUCUCCGGCCACCCUUUUAUUUGGGUGGUGAAGGAUGAUAACAAUGUGGAUGAGUGGAUGCCGGAUGGAUUCAAAGAAAGAGUUUUGGAUGAAAAGAAAGGAAUGAUUGUAUUCGGCUGGGCGCCGCAGGUGUUGUUACUAAACCAAGCUGAAGUUGGUGGGUUUGUGACACAUUGCGGAUGGAACUCAUGCUUGGAAAGUAUAUGCGCCGGUGUGCCGAUGAUCACGUGGCCGAUGUUUGCCGAACAAUCGUUUAAUGAGAAGCUGAUUGUAGAUGUGUUGAAAGUGGGAGUUGCACUGGGGGUGAAGGUUUGUAGCAGUAAAGAGGAAGAGAGGGUGUUGGUGAAGAGGGAGGAGAUAAGGAAGGCUGUGGAGGAGUUGAUGGGGGAUGGAGAGGAGAAGGUGAGGAGGAGAAGAAGAGUUGAAGAACUUAAAGAGAUGGCAAAAAAGGCUGUUGAAGAAGGUGGGACUUCUUAUGAAGAUUUGAGUAACUUGAUUGAGGAGUUGGUGGAGUUGAAGAAGAAGAAGAAGAAGAAAAGUGAUGGGAUAAUGUAAUUGAGUUCAUCUUUUGAAUUUGCUCAUUUCUGAAUUUGAGGUUUCUCUUUUGUAUCUUUUAUUAUGGUUUUUCUUUUAUGUUGGAUUCCUACAUGGUGAUUAGUCAUCAUGUAUAGACCAUUCAAGAUAUAUAAUUAAUAUGGGAUGCUAAUGUGCAA